CAUGGAAAAUUGUUUUCAAAGUGUUUAUUAAAAUGUAAACUUUAAUCAUUAAGCGUGAAUUCCAGACGAAAUACUCCACAGAGGUUUGUUAACUGCUUGUGUGUUCAGUGGUAACUUUUUGUACGACAAACAACAAGAGAAAUAACAUCGAGCGAAUCAUAUAGAAUGCAAGAAAAAAAUUUCAUGUUCAACAACAUUCCUUUCCGUCCGAUUUCAUCCAUAAAAUUAAAAACUUAUUCGCCAAAGUGAUGAUUCAAUUGAGAAAAAAAACGACAGAAAAAAAGUGCAUCGAAAUGGAAAUAAACAAAACCACGCUUUCUGUUUACUAUGCAGCCCGAUUGUUUGGAUUUGCACCUUAUUCGAUCCAGCAAAACAAAUUGAAUCAAAUUAUUCAGGUGAAAUACAGUCGAUUUUUGUGCAUUUAUAGUGUAACACUGUUGAUUUUAUUGGGUACACUAACGAACUAUGGAAUUUACUUCGAUGCAACAUCGGCCAUUCCACUGAGAUUGAAAACAGCGACACAGAAAGUUGUUACUAGUUUCGAUGUAAAUGUUCUGGUGGGUUGCUGUCUCAUUGCAAUGCUGACGGGUGUUUAUGGUUUACAGAAUACGCAGCAAAUGAAUGCAAGCUUGAAUAAGGCUGAUCAAAAGCUCAUGGGAUUAUGUGAAAAUAUUUCGUUGCACACAUUAGGUGCUCGUCGACUAUUGACCACGUUCGUUUCAAUUGUCUACGUGUAUAUUUGUUCGAUGUUAGAAUAUGCUUUGUGGAGAAGCAAUGAACCGAUAAAUCGGCCAUCAAUGGGGCUGUAUUUGAAGCGACACAAUUUUGUGGCAAGUGUUAAUCAUGCCAAACCAAAUUACAAUGCGUUCAAUAUACAUACAACCGACGAGAUUAUAAAUCAAUUUGCUGACAUUCAUGAACUGCUUGGCAAAGCGAUGGUUAAUGUUUCGUCAGAAUUCGGUGUAACAAUUUUACUACUUCUAGUUUCCUGCAUGCUUCAUUUAGUUGUGACUGGUUAUUUUUUCUUUCUCGAAGUUUUUGGUAAUCGGGAUACAUUUUAUACAACUGUGCAAGUUUUUUGGUUGAUUUUCCAUGCACUUCGUUUAAUUUUGAUUAUUGAACCAUGUCAUUUUGUCGCGGCCGAGGCUGGCAGAACGAUGAAGAUUGUAUGCGAUUUGCUGCGAAUGAAAGGAGAACACUAUGCGCUGAAAAAAUUUUGGUGUCAGCUAAUGGCCGAUAAUAAUACGUUCUUUUCUGCCUGUGGCAUGUGCCGGAUUGAUCGACCGCUUUUAACAACACUUUUUGGAGCUAUUGCAACAUAUUUGGUCAUUUUAUUACAAUUCAAUCGAGCGAACGAAGAACAAAAUCGUAAAUCAUAAAAGCUUAACUAAUUCAUUGCUGUAUUUCAUUUUAUGUAAUUUAGUAGUGUGUCUGUACAAGAGAUGAAAUUAUCACUUGGUUCCCCCUUUUUAUAUUAUAUGUAAAUGUAAAAAUCAGUCGGCUCAAGACUUUAAAUUUUAUUAAAAUAAUUAAAUAUGCAUAAAUUGAA